AACCUAAAAAAUUCCAUCCUUUCUCCCCCAAGAGAAGAGAGCAUGAGGAAACGAAACCUUUACGCAUGGGGAGUCGCUAUUCUCUGUUUCGUGGUGUUAAUGAUCGCCACUCCAGCUAUCCCCCAAUCCCAGGAGUACCAUAAUUUCGCCGAUCAACGCCAAUUCUUCGGUAUACCGAAUACGUUAAACGUUGUUUCGAAUUUUCCCUUCAUAGUUAUUGGUGUUAUAGGUCUCGUAUUGUGUUAUUAUAACAACUAUUUCGAGUUGAGUUUGCAAGGUGAACUGUGGGGUUGGACUUGUUUUUUCAUUGGUGUGGCUGCUGUUGGGGUUGGUUCCUCGUACUAUCAUCUCGACCCGGAUGAUGCUCGGCUUGUGUGGGAUAGAUUGCCGAUGACAAUUGCAUUCACAUCAAUCAUGGCAGUAUUUAUCAUUGAAAGAAUUGAUGAGCAGAAGGGAACAGUUUCCAUCAUACCACUGCUGCUGGCUGGUGUAAUCAGUAUCUUGUACUGGAGGCAAGCAUGCUGCUUAAUUCUCCUUUCUUUCGAAAAAAUAGUUUCUUUUGUCACAGUCCAUAUCUUGUUGUUCGAUGAUCUCCGACCUUAUGCCGUCAUCCAGUUUGUUCCUUGCAUUGUCAUCCCCAUCAUGGCUAUCUUGUUGCCACCAAUGUACACACAUUCUACGUAUUGGCUUUGGGCAGCAGUAUUCUAUCUUUUAGCUAAGAUAGAAGAAGCAAUGGAUAAAGUAAUAUACGAAUGGACUCAUCAUAUUGUAAGUGGGCACACCCUUAAGCACUUGUGUGCUGCCAUGGUUCCUGUGUUUUUGACACUUAUGCUGGUGAAGAGGACGACUGAAACAAACAGGAUAAGCCUACUGAAGACAUGGAAGGUUUCAUGGACAAAGGUGAAGGAAAAUGGUUCCACGGUGGAAAGUCGUGAUUAUACCUACACCACUGUUCAAUCUGAGGAUCCACAUUCGCAUUGACCUGCAGCUCUAUUUCUUUCUAACUAGAUUCAUACUCUCAUGUGACAAGAAAGUUGAACAAAUAAGUUAUGAAAAAAUUUGAACAACAUGUUACUCCUAAAACUGCCAUGUUUGUAAAUACUUACAUAGCAAAAAGAUCUUAUUUGGUUAAAACAUGCUUCAAGUCCUUUGAUAUUUAUACAUUUGAAAUUUAAAAUUUUAAUUCUAAUU